AUGAACCUGACGCUUCCAACUCAAAUGCCUUCGGAAUUCACCUGCUGGAAACUUAACAGGUUAACUGGAAUGUUGGAAAGGCUUCCGUUUUGUCAAGGGAUUCGGGUAUCAUGGAAAAUGCGACCUCCUGCCAAUUGGAUCAUUAAUCAUUGCUUGGAAGUGAGGAUCAACGUAAGCACAUCUGCCGAAUUCUACAACUGGGCGCUCAAAAUGAAAGUGUUUCCGAGUUCCAUCCCCAUGAAUUCCUCAAAAGCCGCAGUCUCGUUCUGUUCCAAAACGGAAUGCACCUGGUGGAAUAUAGAAGAAACUUGCUGUGUUUGGCAUGCUAGUCUGCAGUAUUUGCAUCAGUCAACAUCCACCAAUGAGACCGUUCUUCACUCGUUGGAGGAUAGCACUAUUGAAAAUAUGAAUGAAUUGAACAUUCAGAUUGGGUCGCUCAGUCAAAGUGAAUGGAUAAUGCAGUUACCAGAUUUUGGCCUGGACUCGAUUCGUUUCAAGUCGGAAAAGGACAAGCUGAUCUCCUUUAUGCAACAGGCUGAGAACCUUCCCUACGUGGCACCCGAGUAUCGCACAAAUCAAGACCUGUACUUUAUCCCGCAGAUGGAUGUCUACGGAUUUGGAACUAUCAUGAAUGUGGUGUCCAACAGAAUGGAUUUCAGUGAAGAAUCUGAGGGUGACGCUGCUGUUAGUUACGACAUACCCGAAGGAACAGAUAUGCCACUGGAGAGGAGAAUUGCAAUGGAAAUUUGCGUCGCCCCCCGGAAAAAUGACUACAAUGCGCUUAUAGAAAGAUGCUGGGAGGACGUACUGACCCGACCGACAUUUGAGUACGUAAAAGCGCGCUUGGUUGAACUAACUCCAAAGAAGAUCCCUGAAGCGGAGCGGACAGAGAUCCUGGUAGUCGAGCUGCUCAACAAACUGUACACGGAAUUCGAUGAAAUCAUCGAUCGAUACGAUGUGUACAAAGUGGAAACGAUUGGCGAUGCGUACAUGGUGGCUUCCGGUGUGCCUAGGAGAAAUGGAGAACGUCACGCCGUGGCUAUCACCGAUAUGUCUCUGGACUUGGUCAGUGCGUCGCAUAGCUUUGUUAUUCCACAUAUGCCGGAGGAGCCGCUGAAAAUUCGUGUUGGUUUGAAUUCAGGCCCUGUAUGCGCUGGGGUCGUUGGACUGAAGAUGCCCCGUUAUUGCCUUUUCGGAGACACGGUGAACACGGCUAGUCGCAUGGAAAGCACCGGUGAAGCGUACAAAAUUCAUUGUUCCGAUUCCACUCACGACAUUCUGGAACGGUUCGGGGGAUUCGUAUUUGAAAAGCGGGGGAUCAUCUCAGUGAAAGGCAAAGGCGAAAUGCAGACAUGGUGGGUUCUGAAACGCACACGCCCCGAAGUCGAUCACGAUGUGUGUCCGUUGCCCCCGAACCUGUUGAAACGUAAAAAGAAAACUCCUGCAAAGGAGACGCUGAAUGUCAUGCAGGCGGUACAGGCAACAACGGGAGAACGCAGACGAAGCGCAGCGGAAGUUUCAGGUGACACAACAAACUGAUGUCCCCAAAUCAUAAUGAUGUACAGUCAGCAUUGUGGUUGUGUAAGAGUGCACGGCCGAGAGCCAAUCGUUACUCAGCUAAAUAUUCACCUAUGCCCUCCAUGUCAUUUGCACCCACACCUUGCCUCACUAUAGUUUCACAGUUCCUUUGACUACAGUACAUUCCCAG